AUGGAGGCUGUUAUUGAGGAGUUGUUGCUGUCUGGAGAUGGGGUUUCGCAGAAGCAUGGAGAGGUGUAUGAGGUUCUCGGGUUAGACGUGAUAUACGACCGGGAGACGCUAAAGAUAUAUAGCACCAGAAAGGCCAGGAUAACGUCCAUAAGCUCUGGAAUACACGUGCACACUUCGUACAAGGUGCUGCGCCGUUUGAUGACGCGUGGGCUUGUUAAUGAAAACGGCCAUGGGAUGCCGCUCGAGAUGGUGGACAUGAUGGGGAACAAGAUUGUGGUUACGUUUUCUGGGCAGGGGAGAAUGAAUAGGAUUGCAAUUGUGACUAGUGGAGGAGAUGCGUCUGGGAUGAACUCUGCGAUCAAGAGUAUAAUCAGGACAGGAAUUAAGUGGGGAGCAUCUGUUUACGGGGUGUAUAACGGAUAUGACGGGCUCAUCAGCAAUAACAUACGCAGGCUAAGCUGGGACACCGAGACACAUUGCAGCAGCCAAGGGGGAACUGUUCUUCUGUCUGCAAGAUCCCAAAAGUUUAUGGAGCGAAGCGGGAGAAAGCAGGCUGUUCUGAACAUGGUUGAGAAGAGGAUCAACUGUAUAAUAGUCUUGGGCGGAGAUGGAUCUAUGAAGGGAGCCAUGACUCUUAGAGAUGAGUUCAAGGACCACCUAAGGGAUCUUGUACGGGAGGGAAGAGUUUCCAGAAGGGUUCUUCGGAAGAUAGAGAUGGAUAGGAUAGGGCCUCAGGAUGAGGAAAAGAUCCAGGUAACCACGGACACAAGUGUAGUUGGAUACUCUGAUUUCUACGGGAAGCCUGAGUGUUAUAAGGAGACGCCUACGAUCUAUCAUGACCUUAACUCAUCUGAUGAUCUUGAGGAUUUCCAGGAUGAAUGCUCUGGUGAGGGCACGGACCCGAGAGACGUGGAAAAGUACAUUUAUGAUUUGAAGGUCAUAGGAAUUCCGGCAACAAUAGACAAUGACAUCUGUGGUGCACCUGUUUCCUUGGGAGAAGACACUGCAAUCCACAGGGUUAUUGAGGGAAUAGAUCAUCUGAUAUCCACCAUGAAGUCGCAUACGCGUACAUUUGUUAUUGAGGUCAUGGGAAGAAAGUGCGGAUGGAUAGCUCUUAUGUCUGCUUUGGCAAGUGCUGCAGACUAUGUGCUGCUUCCCGAGGCGCCUUGUGAAUGGAAGGAAGAGAUGAUUGGAGCUCUUAAGACUGCAAGAAGAUAUGGGAAGUCUGGAACAUUUGUCAUAAUUGCAGAGGGGGCUGUUGAAAGGGACGGAACACCUAUAGCAGCCUCCCAAGUUGUGGAGGAGAUUGCAAGGUCUGGGAUGGAGGUUCGACUGCUCAAAUUGGGCCAUAUUCAGAGAGGAGGCCCGACUUCUGCACAGGACAGAAUAUAUGGGACUCUUCUCGGUGUCAGGGCCGUUGAGAUCUCCUUGGGCCCCAUGAAGGAGCCUGUUAUGAUCAGUAUUUUCAGAGACGAGAUUUCUGAGGUUGGGCUAAAAGAGGUUAUAGAAAAAAACGAACUUGUCCGAAGCCUCCAGGAAAGAAAAAGAUUCGCCGAGAUAUUGGAAAGCAGAAGUGACUUCUUUAAGCUGGGAUAUUCAUAUUUCAGGAAGUCUCUAGUGACUAGAGUCGAAGACAUCGGGGAUUGUAGCCAUAACCUGAGCUCUGUCAGAAACCAGAAGAAUGGAAAGAUACGUAUAGGAAUAUUGCAAUUCGAGCGCAGGUCUAGUGGGAUGAAUACGGCACUGAACUCUGCGAUUCAGUAUUCAUUGGUCGCAGGUGUAGAGGCAUACUACAUCCCAAAUGGGUUUGAAGGGCUUGUAAAUGGGCAUCUUAUGAAGCCAAGGCCCUAUGAGUUCUUUGGAGAAGUAAACAAUGGAGGGUCUGCAAUAGGAAUAGGCAGUAGCGAAGGAAUAAGCAUUGAGCUAAUUCAGAAGAGGGUGGAGGAGUACAAGCUGGACUCUCUGAUAGUCAUAGGAGGAAGUAGGGCCUUGAACAUCAUCAAGGAGCUCAAGGGGAUUGAUGCAGUUCUCAUACCUGCAUCUUCCUAUAACAACAUACCUGGGAUUGACAUAAGCAUCGGGGCUGAUACAGCUCUCAACACGAUUCUAAAGGUUUCUGAUGUAUCGAAGCUGAAUUCGUUUGCAUACAAGAACAACGCCUUUGUCAUAGAGAUUGGAGGGGAGAACUGCGGAUAUUUAUCCUUGAUGGGAGGAAUAGCUGCAGGGGCUUUUGAGGUCUUCAUUCCUGAAAGGAAAUAUCUCAUAGGGCACCUCUCAGAAGCGGCACAGAGACUUCGGGUGAAGUUCAGGGAGAAGGCGAGGAGGGGAAUUGUGAUAUUCAGAAACGAGAAGACGUUCCGCUCUAUUCCCACUGAGAGCUUCUGCGAGAUUCUAAGGACCGACAGUGGGGACCUAUUUGAGACGAACUACUCUAUCCUUGGAGACAUACAGCAAGGGCUAAAUCCGUCGCCGAUAGAUAGGAUAAAUGCAAUGAUACUCGGGAUUGAAGCUGUUGAUCUAUGUCUUCAGAGAUGUGGAGUUGGAGUUGUUGGAGUCCUGAAAGACAAGACCAAGUUCACAAGGAUUGACGAGGUGCUGGAGGAGUUCGACCCCUGCCUUCACAGGGUAAAGGACCCUUACUGGCUUAAGUACUCCAACAUUUGUAGGUCUGUUGAAUAA